AUCGUCAGUAUUCACAUAGAUGCUUCCCAUCCUCACAGCUUUGGUAUUUUUGCAGUCCAGAACAUCAGCGCUUGCGCUAUCGAUGCACAACUUGCACACAUUGGCAGGGAGACCUUUGCAGUGCUGCGGCAAAUUCCAUGCUGUGUGGAAACAAUUGUAUAUCAUGACUACUGUGACGUUGACGUUUUCAACGCGGUACAGUAUUUCGUUUCUGCUGGAGUCCUAGCUUUUCGCACCAGCAUCGGGAUGCGAAAUUGGGUGGCGCCUUGGUGUCGCGAUGGCCGUCCGGAAGGUGCAGCCAUGCGGGUUUUGCGCCACACCGACAAGUUUCACGAGAGAUUGGAAACACUCUACCAGUGGCUUGGAGCAGCGUGAAGCUAAUGUAAACCUUUCAAUAAGGCCUUUUUCUCCAAUACCCCUGCGCUGAUUUCGAAGCCGGAAAGCCCGUCAAAAGUCCUUGGUGCUCAGACCGGCGUUAUCCAUACAGAACAUAGUAAAUUAUUGCUUCCUUUCCCAAGUUCAUUGUCAUUCUGAAAGACGCGGCUAUUCCGGUUUGCGUGGCGACGGGUUCUAGUUUAACUUUGGGGGUGUGAGGGUAGCGCGCUGUCCACGCGAUGCUGUUUCCAUGUCCGCAACCGUCCGCAAUCUUUAGAAUGUGUCGACAACGCUGCGCCAUUGCGGGAAGUUUGGAGGAGAAAUAGCAUGGAAGUGUAACAUGUGGUGUCCCAUUGGGAUUUACCCUUCACGUUGUUGCCUCAACACUGUGUUUCGUGACAAGCCUCAGCCAAAAGCGCGAUUUCGGUUGACGCGAGCGUGCUCAGGAUGGUGCACGAAGAUGCGAUGUAGCAAAAAUGUAACGCCGUUUCGUGGCAGCUGCGCGGAUUGGAGUGUAAAGUUUUCUUUUUGUGGGAAGCAGCAGGCGCAGGGAAUCGUGAGGUUGUGACGUUUAACAGCUUGGCAGGGAUGCUUGACUCGCUUUGGGGGGUUGACGCUUCACUUUUGGAGAAAGUCUUGCACGAAACACUCGUUUCGAGACUUGACGCAUGACUUUUGGAGGAAGUCUUUGUGGAGACUUGACGCAUGAAUUCUCCGAGGGAGCGUGGGCUUUGGAGGGUACCAGAGUCGUACAAGAGCGCCCGUCCCACAAGAGCGGGUGCCCCACAAGAGUUUUCCACAAGAGCAUGCGCGAGCCUCGUCUGGCUUUCCCGACAAGAGUGCCCACAAGACUAUGCCACAAGACUAUGCCACAAGAAUGCCCUACAAGAGUGCUGCAGAAGAGUGCCCCACAAGAGCGUCGCGAAAGUGCCCCACAUGAGUUUCCCGGAGGGCCCUACAAGAGCCCCACAAGAGCAUACGCCACAAGAUCGCCCCACAAAAGCGUCAGACUCUUUGGCCGCUUGUUCUUGAACGCGUGUGUGCAUUUGGUUGGGCUCGUGGGCCUCUCUGUUUGGGAGCAACACCAAUAUGUUGUUGUGGCCAAAGCCAUCAGAGGCAUUUCUUGUCACCGACAAGCCUCGUCAAUGACUGGACACAGGCGACGCCUUGCCCAGAGACUGAACGGAACUACAUGGUUUCUUUUUACAACUCUCAACCAGCGCUUUCUCUUCACUUUGGCCUUCAGCCCUGCUGCUUCUUCACUCAGCUAUUUGACCCCGAUCCAACGGGCUCUUGCCAAGCCAGGCGCGUACCCAAAUCUCCGCUGCUGAUGCUCAAAGCAUGGACUGUGACCGAUGGAAGAUUGAGGAAGGUACUUGCACUCGGCAGUGCAAAUAUAGGGCGCAUUCCCAGCCCCAGGAAUUUGCUCUUAUUGGCGGUCCCAAUAUUGGAUGAGUCGGGGUGACUUCGGCCUUGACAAUCUGAUCAAACUUGAUAGAAUUUUGAGCUAAGGCCGCCGUUCAGUCAAAAGCCUGUUUCUUGUGCUUGUUGCUUUGUCGGAUGUCGGUUUAUUGAAGCCCACUCAUAGACAGCUUACGCUCAAGCAUUUGCCAACCGUUUGGGUUUUGAGAAACAGCACGCAAGCGGACUAAGAGGAAAAGGACACAUGAUUUUGAAAGGCCGGCGUCGCGAAUAUUUAAGUUUGGAAACAAAAACAAACCAACCCCGACGCAAAAUCGGCUUUGGGGCCCUGCUGGUAGCUUUGUCCUUGUCCCAUGCUUGGGCAGAGCUUGAUCGCGAUCUGCAAACAAUGUCUUUGCAAGUCGAAAGAUCGGGUGGCCAAAAACCUAUGGUGGCAGUCGGUUUCCGCUGGACCGACCAAUUAGGGAGCAUGCUUGACGACUUCCUGCACGUGGGCUCAUCAGCAAAGUGAAGCAACUGGUAGAUCACUGUUUCGGGCACUAAAGGACAAUUGAUAAACACGCGUGAUCUGGAACAUCCUAACCUCAGACACUUCGAGUAGGCAAUGUGAUAACAGCUCGGAUUCACGCAGACGCUGUAAAAAGUCUUGCGCUGCAAAAAGGGGGUGUGGUGUGUUUGAAAGAUCUUUUGCACAGCACGCCCACCGCGUGGCAUUGCCCAACUCAAGAGCUCCAGGCAGUUGCAAAGGCUUCUCGGUGAAGCUUGUUGCACGCGAUUGCUGGUAGCCAUUGUUAACCGGUUGCGGGAUCGCUGGUGGGUCAUGAAAGGUUUUUUUUCAUCAGUGGACAACAACAGUUUCAGGUGCAAUGGUGUCGAAAUACUCUUUGUCCCCGCGCAGCUGCAUUUUGCUUUCAUCCGAGAUG